AGCUGACGCACAGUAUGUUUUUGUCUCUUAUCCAUCACCUCGUGCGACGCGACUUAUUUGACAGAUCAUAUUUAUGGGCGUCAUUAUGACUGGUGACCAUAAUUGCUUUUGGUCUUGGUGCGUUUAUCGAAUAUGGCUUUCUCUCACCGGCGACUUGCUCGCCCUCGGGUCUGCUUGGCCUGACGCUAGUGGAACACUCUCCCACCAUUGGUUGUCGUAUCUUACCGGGACACAGCAAAUGUUGACGCCGGACCGGUCACGGACAAAAGUCUCUGCUAGAUAAAGAAUCAUUACGAGGCUUGAGCUUGUCGGCCACGGACAACUUCUUAAACUGGUCUGGUCUGGCUACACGAGACGCCACCCACCCAAGCCCUCUUUGGGUUCAAUUUUCGUGAUGAAGACCCAAAUCUUGCGGCAGUAGACGAGUAGAAGGCUUUGUGGCUUGAUGAUUAUUGUUUUGAGGCCCAUUCUUUGGUCGGAACAUUGAGCAAGGAGGCCAGCAAACACAGGAUAGACGAGCCUUAGUAUAGAAAAUGAGUACAGUCCUGAGAGGGCAAAGUGUUAGGGAACUGAUAUAGGCAUAACCUGGGCAUCGCCAAUGUCCGGGUCUUUGUUCAGCAAUGUGAGAAGAAGAGCCAGCGCUGUCCAACAUGUCGCAGCACCCAAUCGGCCACACUUUUCUUUCGAUUUGUUAAUGACGUUAGUCAAUUGUUCACAGGUGUCCCAUUAGAGAACUGGCCACUUGACCCAAACACAACAAAUUAGAACAGUGAGCGUAUUUUACGCGCUUCAGUUGGAACAAUGAGGAUCCCAUACAAAGCGGUCUUGAACGUUGUUCGGAUCCCGAUGUAUUAAAGGACAAUGUAGCUGUAUAUUUCCCCCUAAUCUGCCCAGCAAUCAGCUUAUCCCGCUACAGCUUUAUUUUCCCCUACACCACUGCACUCUCACAAUCAUAGUUCAUUAACAACACUCAGCAUGUCUCGGCAGGAAGUAUCUUAUUUCGACAUUGUGCCCCAGUGGCAAACAUCGAUUCAAUCCCAAGGAACAGUCGUCAGCGAAUCUCCGAAUAGCACAAGCAUGAUCGGCGUCGUAGAUGAGUCUGAUGUAGACAGCGACUCCGGUGACGGCACUAGUGUCAUUGAAAGAAAGCCUAUGGCCCACGGCAAGGGACGACAACAACUAGAGGACAAACGUAUUAUCCAAGACGAGAUAAACAAGCUCGAGAGCCGGCUAAACAGAACUACUGUUCUUUGUACCUCGCUGUUCUUGGUUGCUGACGUUGGGCGCGCACUCGACAUUAAGGUCAUGUACCAGCGACACAUUGAUUGA